AUGGCUGGCGUUGAGCCACAUAUCGAGGAGGAGGAGACAAAAGAAAAUGCCAUAAAUCUUGGAUUUCUUGAAGUAACCGACGGACGAUUGCUGAAAAGCCAUUUAUUUCCGAGUAAAGUGGGCGGCUGGCCCGCCUGGUUGUCUCUAUCUCCUUUGCCGACCCCUGAGCAGCUAUGUUGUCAGGUAUGCCGCGGUCCGUGCACCUUCUUGCUUCAGGUGUACGCUCCGAUCAACCACCUGGAACAUUGCUUUCACAGAACCAUUUACCUCUUCGUUUGUCGAAAUCCAAAUUGCAAUGAACCAAACAUGGUACGAAACUUCCGGGUCUUUCGAUCGCAGUUACCCAGGAUCAAUCGUUUUUAUAGUUCGGAACCGCCGGUUGAUGAAAGCACCGAUAGUCUGGAUUUGGAACUGGAUUUGGAAUCUGAUGAAGCACCAUGUGCUUCUAUGUACCAAAGUAUGUGCAUCGUUUGCGGGUCAGCUGGACCAAAAAGAUGUGGGGGGUGCCUAAAUGCCACUUAUUGUGGUAAGGAACACCAAGCCCUCGAUUGGAAACUUGUACACAAGAAAGUCUGCAAAAGUGGACUUAAUAUCGGUCGAGCAAGUCGAGAGCAUCGUAAUGUUCUUUUCAAGGAGUUUGAAUUAGUUACUGAUACAGAAGAGUUUAAUAAUGAAGAGGAUGAUGGAGAGGCCAGCGAAUCAAAAAGAUUAAGUGAGCAGAGAGAUGAAAAGUCUCACAAAGACUAUUCUAAUAUGAUUGAGGCUGUGAAAGGAUGCCAACUGGGAGACAAAUCAAUCAAGGACCUGGAAGAAUUUGCACGCAAAGAAACUUCUGAUGAUAAAGAAUUUCUUAAAUUUAAGGAAAGAAUUCGUAAUGAUCCGGAGCAGGUAAGUUACUCUAGAAUUGAUUCUUCUCUCUCUUUUCCUCUCUCUCUUUCUCUCUCUUUCUUUCUCUCUCUCUCUUUUCUUUCUCUCUCUCUCUCUUUUCUUUCUCUCUCUCUCUCUUUUCUUUCUCUCUCUCUCUCUUUUCUUUCUCUCUCUCUCUUUCUUUCUCUCUCUCUCUUUUCUUUCUCUCUCUCUCUUUUCUUUCUCUCUCUCUCUCUCUUUUUUCUCUCUCUCUUUUUCUCUCUUUUCUUUCUCUCUCUCUUUCUCUCUUUUCUUUCUCUCUCUUCUCUCUCUUUUCUUUCUCUCUCUCUCUCUUUCUCUCUCUUUUCUUUCUCUCUCUCUCUUUCUCUCUCUUUUCUUUCUCUCUCUCUCUUUUCUUUCUCUCUCUCUCUCUUUCUCUCUCUUUUCUUUCUCUCUCUCUCUCUUUUUCUCUCUCUCUUUCUUUCUCUCUUUCUCUUUCUCUCUCUUUCUUUUCUCUCUCUCUCUUUACAAUAUUUUUCUUAUAUCAGUUUGGAAUUUGUAUCCCCCCUCUUUGUUACUGCUGUUUCUAUUUUAGUGGUACGCUAUCAACGUGGGGGCCAAGUAUUGUGGGUGUCCUGUGCAAAUAAACCCACUGAAGAAAGCAUUCCACACUGUCCUGCCUGUGGAGCACUGCGUAUAUUUGAAUUUCAAGUCAUGCCACAGUUGUUAGUUCACUUGGAUGUUGACAAUUUGAACAACAGCAUUGACUGGGGAAUUCUGGCCAUUUACACGUGCAGUCAAAGUUGUGACAUUGAUGCAAGAUAUGUUGAAGAGUAUCUUUGGAAACAAGAUUAUUCAAAUAAAACUUCUUAA